CCUAUAUGUCAAACUUUAUGAAACGUCAAAUACAGUAUAGUAAACAGUGAACUGUGGAUACACGUGUUUUACUGGAAUUUAAAAAGAAACAAUAAACUAAAUGAUUACAAAAUGGACGCAUACGAUAUAUUUAAGAAAUUAACUAAAGGUUUAACGUUCAAACAUAAGGUUCUGGGUGUCAAAAACGAUGCCCAAAAGGACAAAGCUCCGAUAAAAAAAGAAGAAAUUGAAAUAAAAAAAGAAGAACUGAAGACAGAGGACUUGAAAAAGAAACUUGAGUUGGAAGAGCAAAAUCGUUUCCGCAAUGAACAUGGCAUCAAAACUGUGGGUCGUCACAUCCCGCCAGCGCUACAAAACUUCUCUGAGUUGGUUACCAAGUACAAUGUGUCCCAAGGUCUGGUAGACACUAUCACGCAGUGUGGAUAUACCGAGCCAACUCCUGUGCAGCGUCAGGCCUUGCCUUGUUUGUUAGAGGGUCGUCAAAUAGUAGCCUGCGCCCCAACAGGCUCUGGCAAGACGGCUGCAUUCCUAGUACCUCUACUGCACUCACUAGGCUCUACACAAGGUGGGCCUAGAGCCCUAGUGCUCUGCCCCACCAGGGAAUUAGCGCACCAGAUCUACCGUGAGGCGCUGAGGUUAAGCGCUACAACAAAUCUAAGGUGCAGUGUGCUGAAGAGCAUCAAGGGUACAAGAGUUAAGGAACGGGAGGCUACGUUUAAGAAGAGUGACAUAGUUAUAACUACACCAAAUCGUCUGUGCUAUUUAAUGGAUCAGGAAGAGGUGAACAUUACCUUGGAAAAGGUGGAAUGGCUCAUAAUAGAUGAAGCCGACAAACUCUUCGAAGGCUCGACAGAAGACCGGUCAGAUUUUAGGCAGCAGUUAGAACAGAUACUAAUAGCCACUGGACAAGGACAGAGACAGGCGAAAGAGGGACAGGAGAAAUCCCGUGGCGUUAGAGUGGCGUUGUUCAGCGCCACGCACACGCCACGCGUUGCUAAGUGGAGUCGGCACGCUUUGAAGGGACUUAUUAAUAUUACUGUUGGACAGAGAAACGCCACGACAGAUUUAGUCGACCAGGAGCUCCUUUACUGCGGCAACGAGAACGGGAAGCUGGUCGCGUUCAGACAACUUGUGCAGAAGGGACUCAAACCGCCCGUGCUAGUGUUUGUGCAGAGCAAGGACCGCGCCAAGCAACUGUUCAAAGAACUGAUCUACGACGGGAUCAAUGUGGACGUGAUACACGCAGACAGGACACAAACACAGCGCGACAACGUGGUGCGCAGUUUCCGCGUGGGCCGCAUCUGGGUGCUGAUCUGCACGGAGCUCAUGGGGCGCGGCAUCGACUUCCGCGGCGUCAACCUCGUGCUCAACUACGACUUCCCGCAGUCUGCCAUCUCCUACAUACACAGGGUGGGCCGGGCCGGCCGCGCGGGACAGCGAGGGAAGGCGAUCACUUUCUUCACCCAGGACGAUGUAGUCAACCUACGCAGCAUAGCGGCUGUGAUGAAGCAGUCAGGAUGUGAGGUUCCAGACUACAUGCUCAAACUGAAGCAGAACCCCAACAAGAGGAAGCAGCUCAUGAAGAAAGCUCCGCACAGGGACAAGAUAUCCACCAUAUUGACCAAGCCGGAGAAGAGGAAGUUAGAAGAAGGCGAGACUAAAGAAGAUGAUAAGUCCAAAUCCACAGAAACAAUAACAAAUGGUAAAAAUAAGAAAUAUAGGAAAGUUGAAAAUCAACCAAAUGGUCCUAAAAAGGCCAAAUUCAAUCCAAAUAGAGAUGGAAAAGCAAAGAUAAAUAAAGGAAAAGGUAAACUAGAUCAAGAUAGAAACACAAAGGUAAAGAAAGGCAAAGGGAAAUUAAAAGGCCUCAAAAAGAAAAACAAGAAAAAUGUUCUUCAUAAAAAAGCUAAGAAUGUUAGCUGAUGUUUACUAAGUAAUGUAUAAGAUACAGCAAAGACUGUCUGUGCUAAGAAUUAAAAUACUUCGCAUUGUAAAUUAAUACAUUUAUAUUAAUUAAAAUUACUUCAUAGUAA